AGAUGGAGAUUCAGGUGUUUAGUACCGAGAUUUGCACCAAGUGGUACACAUUUGACCAGCGUCUGGUAGAGCCCUUCGGCCAGGAACAGAUUGACCGUGAGAUAAUGUUCUGUGCCGGACUGCCUCAGAAAGGAAGAGUACCUUGUACCUACGACUACGGCGGCCCACUGCAGGUACAGGAGGACACUCCCUACUGUAUGUGGCAGGUUUACGGAGUGAUGGCGUGGUCUCAGUCUUUCUUCUGCAAGGGAAGUAAACCUCCCAUUUUCACGCGCGUGCCUUACUACUUGGACUGGAUAGAGGAGGUGAUAUGGUACGACUUCAACAUGAUGAUAGAGGCGUCAUGUUGCUCUGACCAAUGCACGGACCCACUGGGUGUGCCUCGAGGGCACGAGGGCCGCUGUGAGGGGUGAGGGUUGAUAAACAGGACAUUCUUCCAAAUUUUUCAUACGCAGUUAUAAUUUGCGUUUAAUUUUAAUCCAUGCAUAUUUUGGCA